ACAAAUGAUGUUAGACACAUAUUAGAACAUUGUAAUUCAAGGAUAUUAUUAUGCUGUAUUAGGACAGAAAUCACUGAAUAGUGAGUACAAUAAAUCAUGACAUGCAUGUUUUAAAUCUUCUCUGUUUUAUUUGUACAUUUUCAGAGGCUUGUAAAGUAACCACUUAUUUCCUAAACAAGUUUUAUAGUUUAAUGUAAAAGGUAGUGGUAGAAAAACUUUUCUAAGUCAUAUUUUAUUGUUUAUAGGUGCCCUGAGAAACACAGAAAUGGAGAAAGUCAGACUAGAAGAUUCUGUUCACAAUCUCACUGAUACCAAAAUCAAACAGACCAAAGAGAUAGGGAACUUAAAGGCACGAGUUCAGGAGUUAGAACAUGCUCAAGAAACGCUGUCUGAAGAUCGCAAGCAUUUGGGUGAACAACGUCACCUGUUAGCUUCUGGUCUUGGUGACCCUGAACAAACCUGUCAAGCUUCUGUUGAAGAUUUUGAAGUCUCACUUGAUGCUGAAACACUGCCUUCUGAUCCAGAAGAACUUCUCCAAGAGAACAGUAAGUUAGCAGCAGAGAAGAGGAACCUUCAGAAACAACAUGAUCGUGAGCGACAGCGCCUGCUAGCUCGAAUACACCAGCUUGAGCUGACCCUAGAAGAGUUCCGUUCAGAACAGGAUGAAAUGUUGGAGCAAAAAAGGAGAGAAAUUGAUGAUCUUAAAUCUCAGAUGGAGGCAAUGGAAAAACAAUUGCAAUACCACAAGAAGUUUAUAGAGGAGCAAGCUUUGGAGAGAGAGCAAGAACGAGAUGAAUACUUGAAAGAAGUUUCAAAACUUCAGGAACUUGUUAAGGAGAAGGAAAGGAUACAGAAUAGUGAAGAUAGAUUGACAAAGGAGGUGGAAGCUCUGGAACAACAGCUUCGGGCAAGAAUUGAAGAUCAUAAAGAAGUCCUUAGGAAACGUGAACAAAUAGAAACUGAACUUCAUCACACUUCGGACAAGAUUCAUGACUUGAGAGAUGUCAUUAGAGAGUUGGAGUUGGAGCUGGACAUUAAGUCUCGCACAGAGAAAGAUCUUAAUCAGCAAAUAAUGAACCUGAAAGAAACCAUGUCUGAUCAAGAGAAAGCUCAUGCAGAGCUGAGUUCGGAGGUAGAGCAGCUUAGGAACAGCUCUUCUAGAAGCGAAUUAAAUAGUCAUGUCAGAUUACUAGAAGAACAGCUUGAGACUCGUGGCCAACAGGUGGAGAGAAUGAUGUAUUGUCAAUCCAUUCUGCAGGAGUUUAAAGCACAGAUUCAAAGUUUAGAAGAAAAAGUGGAGAACAAGACUCACCAGUUGGAAAUCCUCCAUUUGCCUGUCUUCGGUGUGAACUCUGUGCAGAGUGAAUCCAAGGACAACCAUCAUCUCACUGUUGCAGAUGACAUAAGGGAACUUUCUCCUAAUUCUCUGGAUUGGGAGGAGCUCAGACGGCUAGAUGACAAGAUCGAAGUUCUUAUCAAAGCUGAAGAGGAACUAGUGGUGAGAAAUAAAGAAUUGGAAAGAAAACUGAAGAAAGCUAAACUAGCUGAAGAGGAAAUACAUCAUGAAAAACUUGCCCUUCAGGAACAAGUAAACAACCAGCUCCUUCAGAUUUCAGCACUGAAAGCUCGUAUCGAGGAGCAGAGACAUGGAGUAGAACGAGGAAGCCCUUUCUUGGUUGGAAGUGAGGCUUUUAGACAGUUAGGUCAGCUGAGAGAAGCCCUUAUGAAAGAACAAGAGCAGAGGGAAGAGGUUGAGAGAGAGACUGAACUGGAAAGAUUGAAAAUCAAAGCAGAAAAUGCACCUUUGCCUCAUUAUAUUCAAAUGCUCUUGGAAGACAAGAAUGAAGAAAUUGAUCAGUUGAACCAACAAAUAGAGCUGCUAAAAAAAGACCUUAAAAACACUAAGAUGACAGUGAAGAGUGAAGGCUUGAUGCCCAUCAGGAGCUUCAUUUCUGUUAAUCAGAAUAGAAUUAAUUUGGACUCCCAGACUGUAACUGGUAGCAUGUCUGUCAGUGAUGAGUUAUUCAAGACGAAGGAAGAGGCUCAAGAGCUGCAACAAAUAAUAGAAAACCAAACAAAGGAUCUGGAAAAUAAGGACAAAGUAGUAGCUGAAAAGGAAGAAGAAUUCCAGAAAAUCAGUGACUCGCUUUAUGACCAAAUUUUAUCUCUGAACAGACAGGUAGAGGAGAAAGACAGUAAAAUGCUAGUUCUGAAGAAAGAGAAUGAACAUCUUCAAAUGCAAGUCAACAGUCUCCUCGAAGAAGUUGAAAAUUUGAAUCAUUAUCAGUUAGCAAGUAAAAACCUGGAGGACCACAGCCUCCAUAUAUCGAAGAGACUUCAAGAAGACUUUGAUACUGUGCAACAAAUGGUAGAGGAGAAGCAAGAGGAACUGAAUGCGUUUGACGAAGAAGCAGAGACACAGGUUAAACUGGAAAGCGAAAUUUUAACUUUGAAGAAAUUAUUAGAGGAGGAGAAGCAAGGGAAUGCUAUUCAGAGAGAACAGCUAACACGUGAAGUGGAACAACUAAAUGAACAUCUUGACAUGGUCCACAAAGAUCACGAAAAUGAAGUAGCUCAGUUGAAGAAAGAACUAGAGACGUUAAGCCAUGGUCAUUCUCAUACCCAAGAAAUUUUGAGGCAGGAAGUGCUGAAGCUGAGAGAAGAACUUGUCAGUCGAGACGCAGAAAGUCCAGGGCUAGAGAAAAUUACAACCCAGUUGAUGGAAAUGUUGUCAUCCUUUAAACAAAAUGUAGAGAAGAGUAAGAUAUUGCCAUCUGAGCUCUCUGCAGAAAUUCUAAAACAAGUUGCUGAAACUGAGAGAGAGAGGCUAGAAAGUGUUCACCAGGAGCAACUCCAAAAAGCAGAGAUGUCCUGGCAAAAGAAAUUUGAGGAAGAUUGUCAGAAGGUUAAUAAAGAUUUGCAACAUAAAAUGAAGGAAUUUGAAAUUGAAAUCAGGGACAAGUUCAAGAAAGAUAAAUCGGAGCUAGAGUUAAACCAUAAAAUGAAAACUUCAGAAAUAGAAAAUAAAUUGAAGUACCAGUUUGAAAUAGACAAAGAAGAAGAAAUAAAGAAGAUGGAAAGUUCUUGGAACCAGCGCAUUGAGAUGAUGAAGCAAUCGCAUUCUGACGAGAAACAGGCAUUGAAAAAGCGUCACGAAGAUGAGCUACAGGCUUCUGCAAAAUUGCACCAUUCUGCUCUUGAAAACCUGAGGAAACAUCUAAAUGACUACCACCAGGAAGAUAUUGCUGCACUUAGAAAGACUUUAGAAGAUACCUUUCAUCGUGAAAAAGAAAUGUUGCAGAAGAAUCAUGAAGACAACAUUAGAUAUCUACAAGAAAAUUGGGAAAAGAAAUUUGAGGUUGAGCAACAGAAUCUUCAUCGUAGAUAUGAAGAUGAAUUGCAUCAAUUAAAGGAAAGUAUAGCUAGUAAGUACCAGAUGGAUCUACCAGCUUUACAGAUGAUUCAUCAGGAACACAUACAAAAGGUGUCGGAAGACACGAGGAAACGUCAGGAAGCAGAAAAGUCUGAUUUUCAAGAAGUUCAUAGCAAAGAAAUUGAACUGACCAAGAAGAACCUCUUUAGUCGGUUUGAACAUGAAAAGAUGAAAAUGAAAGAGAUUCAUGCUGAGGAGCUUAAUAACGUUAGAAAAAACAAUGAGAAAUCUCUUGAAGACAUGAAAAAUAACCUCAGGUUAGUGUAUGAAGAAGAGUCAGAGCGUGCCAAAAAGGCUGCUGCCAGCACUCUUGAAUCUGAAAAACAAUCGCUAAGUCAUGUUCAUAGUUUUGAAUUACAGAAACUUGCAGAAGAAUAUAAACAGAAAAUAAAACAUGAAAGCCUGAAGUACAAACAAAAAUAUGAGGAUGAAUUGAGGUAUGAAAAGGAACAAAUUCAAAGAAGGUUUUUAGAGGAAUGGGACAUCAUGCAAGAAACUCACAGAAGUAAAAUGAGAGAAGUGAGAGAGAAAGCAUGGAGUGAAUUAAAGUCUGUAAGAGAACAGUUAGAAAACAAACACCAGGAAAGUGUUCAAAAGCUUGAAGAACAACAUGAGAUGAAAGAGAGAGAGAGAGAAAAGAUACAUCAAGAAGAGAUGAAAAACCUAGAGACACAUCUAUUGCAACAACUUGAGGAAAACCAGUCUGCCAUGCAGAGAAGCCACCAAGAAGAGAUAGAAAACUUAAGGGAAGCCCUCAGAAGCUCAAAACAGGAUUCACCAAAUCCAUACAGGGAAACCAGCACUAGUAGCAGUGAUGGUAGAUCCAAGUGUGAGAGUGGUAACCCAGCGUCAGACUACAGCUCUGAAAGUGACAGACUUUUACCUCCUGAAAUAAAGAAGUUAUUGCAGAAGGUGUAUAUUGAAGGGACACAAGUUCUUUCCUUGACAGAACAUAAACAUUUACAAAGUCAUAUAGCUUCCUCAGGAAAUCUGCCACCAGAAAAAGAUGAACUGAAAAAUGGACAGCAAGAAAAACAGAUGUACAUAGAAGAACUACAAGUCUUGAAAUCUUUAAUGAAAGAGGUAAGUUAUUGA